CAAUUUCUUCCUUUCGGUAGUUGGUGCCCUUGAAGUACGGUGUGAAAAUUUUAAGAUCUGUAUUUAUUAAUUUUUAAGGAAAAGUGUCCAGUAUGUGGUCGUCAGUUUUAGAAAUGGCGAAAAACAGUCCUUUUCGAUCCCCUUUUACAUAUGUGCAGUGCGAGCCUAAAGUUUUUGAAAAACCAUUAGUUCCAGGAAGAACCAUCGCUGCUGCUUCUGCUGUUGAGGGUGAUAGCUGUGAAUUUGGGUCGCCUAAAUAUUUAGCAUUAUGUGGAUUGGGUGGUAUCCUAUCUUGUGGUCUUACCCAUACCAUGGUUGUGCCCUUGGAUUUGGUUAAAUGUAGGCUUCAAGUUGAUCCUGGCAAGUACAAAUCAGUAAUGAAUGGAUUCAAGGUGACUGUUGCUGAAGAAGGUGUAAAGGCCCUUGCAAAAGGUUGGGCACCAACAUUUUUUGGGUACUCUGCUCAAGGAUUAUGUAAGUUUGGUUUCUAUGAAUACUUUAAGAUAUUAUAUACUGAUAUGUUGGGAGAAGAAAAUGCUUUCCUGUGGCGAACUUCGCUUUAUCUCGCUGCCUCAGCAUCAGCAGAAUUUUUCGCUGAUAUAGCUCUCAGUCCCAUGGAAGCAAUCAAAGUAAAAAUUCAAACUACUCCAGGAUUCGCAAAUACUCUCCGAGAAGCAGCACCUAAGAUGUACAAGGAAGAAGGAACUUCUGCAUUUUAUAAAAGUUUGGUACCUCUGUGGAUGAGGCAAAUACCCUACACAAUGAUGAAGUUUGCUUGCUUUGAAAGAACUGUGGAGCUUCUCUACAAACAUGUUGUUCCUAAACCACGUUCGGAAUGCUCCAAACCUGAGCAGCUUGUUGUAACGUUUGCUGCUGGUUACAUUGCUGGAGUCUUCUGUGCUAUAGUUUCUCACCCAGCGGAUACAGUGGUAUCAAAGUUGAAUCAAGAAAAAGGAUCUACUGCAUUGGAUGUUGCAAGAAAACUGGGAUUUGCUGCAAUGUGGAAAGGACUAGCUCCGAGGAUUGUCAUGAUUGGAACUCUGACCGCUCUGCAAUGGUUCAUCUACGACUUCGUGAAAGUUGCCCUCAGAUUACCAAGACCACCACCACCAGAGAUGCCUGAAUCCCUGAAAAAGAAACUAGCUGCCCAAGAAAAAUAGACGUAAUUGUAAUCAGUGUAUUUAUGAUAGGUUACCUUGCCUACUUUCAUCUUACAAAUUAUUGCUGUCAAAAUGAUUGAAUGUAGCUCCUUUACGAAAGCAAUAACUACUGAUAUCAUUAUUUUAAUAGGCUUUGUUUUAUAUCACGUUUUAAAAUUAAGUUUGCAAAGUUGCAUUUACUAUAGCUGUGGCAUUUAUUUUGAUGAAUGAAAAUUUAUAUUUUUUAAUUCGUUUUGAGUGACAUUAAUCAUUCCAGGAACUAAGUUAGUACUGUACAAUAUUAUAAUUAAAAAUUAUAAAAUUCCAUAUCAAGUAUUUUAGUAUGUGAUAUGUUUGAAGUUUAAUAAUUUAUAAUGUCCAUUAAUUUAUUUAAUAUCAUUCCAUUGCCCUACACUUAAUGCAAACCAUUUGACCUGAGUAGGCCUAAGCUAUUGAAUACUGAAUUAUACAUAUUAAAAUAGAAUAAAACAGAUAUAAACCUUAA